GAAUACAAAUUGAAAAGUUACAGCUUCAAGAAUUACAAUGAUGAAAUGAAAUGAAAUGGUUACAAUUUUUUCAGUAUGAAUAUGAAUUCACAGAUGCAACUCGACUGACAUCACUUCACAGGCUUUAUUUACUGAGCAGAAGAAACAUUGACCGAGAUGCCGGACUUUUGUGCCGCACACGCCACGGACUGAACCAGGACUAACAUAGGACUGAUUCCAAGACUGAUCUAGGAGGACUAAACCAGGACUGAUCUAGGACUGAAACAGCACUAAACCAGGACUAACCCAGGACUGAACCAGGACUCACUAUCGGAUGGGCUUGGAGGUGCGUCCGUGUAGACCGUCGGGUGACCGCAGGCGAAAGGACCGGCCCGGCACAGAGCUCCGCACCCCAUGGAGGUAAGCACAGUCAUCGUCUGAUCGCACUUUGCGGACACCCUGCUCCAUGUGCUCAGGGUUUUCUCUCUCUUAAGUCCAAAAUUAGAUCUGGUUUAGUCCUGACCCGCCCAUGUGUAAUUACUACUCACCCGCAUACCCGCCCGUAAAAUACCAGAAAGUUAAAACCCGCCCAUUUCAGCAACUAUUUGUCUGUACCUGUCAGAUACCCACGGGUACCUGACUCGGUGCAGGACUCUGGGCUCUGUAGGGGCCAUACCAUCAUUUCCAGAACUUCUUGUUCUUCUUUACACUGAAGAUAGUUCUUAAUGACUUUGGCUAUAUGUUUGGGGUCAUUGUCCUGCUGCAGAUUAAAUAUGGGGCCAGUCAUACGCCUCCCUGAUAGUAUUGCAUGAUGGAGAAUUAUCUUCCUGUAUUUGUCAGCAUGGAGAACACCAUUAAUCCUGACCAAAUCUCCAUUUGCAGAAAUGCAGCCCCAAAAGUUUAAGGAACCUCCACCAUGUUUCACUGUUGCCUGCAGACACUUAUCAUUGUACCGCUCUCCUGACCUUUGAUGAACAAAUUGCUUUCUGUUACAGCCAAAUAUUUCAAAUUUUUACUCUUCAGUCCAAAGCAACUGCUGCCAUUUUUCUGCAACCCAGUUCCCAUGUUUUUGUGCAUACUUGGCUUCAGUUUCCGAAGGCUAAUAAGCUUGGUGUGUCUUUCAUCUGCUGCACUAAAUUUCCUUGGCCGACCACUGCGUCUGUGAUCCUCAACGUUGCCCGUUUCUUUAUGCUCCUUCAAAAGAGCUUGAACAGCACAUCUUGAACCCUCAGUCCGCUUUGAAAUCUUUGUCUGGGAGAGACCUUGCUGAUGCAGUAGAACUAUAUUGUUUCUUGCUGCUGUGCUUAGUCUUGCCGUGGUGUUUGACCUAUGACAUGAGACUGUCUUCCACAACCUCGCCUUGGUAGCAGAGUUUGGCUGUUCCUCAUGCAGUUUUAAGCCUCCUACAGAACUGUUUCUGUUUCAGUUAAAUGACUGUAUUCCAACCUACGUGUGACAUUGAUAAAGAUUACCACCUGUUUAGUGGAAACGGGAAAACCAACUAUAAUCCUACAAAAUAACUGACUGUGUGUACCACUUUGUGUGAAAUGAUGUUGGUUUGGAGGAAAAAGGUAGUAACACCAAAUAUUUAUUUGACUAGAUUUUUCUUUUGUUUCACUCACUUUGCAUUUUGUAAAUUGAUAAAAACAAACAAUCAUCAUUUAUAUUUUUGAAAGCAUUCUUUGUUUUCAGCAUUUUUUUCACACCUGCCUAAAACUUUUGCACAGUACUGUGUAUUUGUAUAUGUUUAGGGUUUUAAUUAUAUUUCGGUAAAGAGGAGUGAGGGCCGUUACAGCUAAGCUUCACUGGUCCAGAGGAGACGGUGUGGUUUCUGAUUUGUGUCUAAAAGUAAACUCUGAGAGUUGAUGGUUGAUCAGUGAAGCAGCACUUCUCUGUUCGUGCCCAGUUCUUACCCAGGAUGCACCUGUGCUUCUGAUCUUUGUUAGAGAGCGGAACAAUUUAUGUUCCACAGACGAUCAACAUGACAAUGGAAAAAGAUAUAAGAAUAAAAAAAAAUAAAAAAAAAUAGCCUUUAUUAUCACAUGGCAGAUAAAGUCAAAAAUCACUUCAUCAGAGGAGAUUUCUCUACACAUCCACGAAGCUCUCCUGCCAAUAAAGUUUUGAAUGCAACAAAAGAUAAUUUAAGUUAAAGAGGAGCAGGGCCUGUUGUUAACCAUUUGGGUGCCGUACACACAAAUACUUUGCAGUGCGCCCAGCGGGGGAAAUCAAGAACCAGGAGGAAGAGUGAUGGAUAAGGAGAAUGAUUAAAAAGCUGUUUUUAAGACAACUGAAAGAUUUUAGCAGAAAAAAGUUAAUGAUUUAAAAAUAGAUACAAAUGAUCACAAAAUUGUACUUUUUUGAAAGCUUUAGGUGCCCUGUCAGCCGAACACAGCAGUUUGUGAUUACACUGCCUUCUAUGGGAAAAAUCCUUUCUGGGCAGGAGGGAUUUGUUGCUGAAGUUCCAGUGAGUUUCCACUACACCAACUCAAGACAGCUCUAAGAUAGUAAUACACUAUCCAGUUAUUUUAAUAGCUCUAUGUUGCUAUCUUAUUGCUAGCGAUUUUUACCUAUUUUUAGAUAGUCAGCUCAAAAUUCUUCAGUUGUCUUAAAAACAGACUUUUAAUCAUUAGCUCAGGAAGAUGUGGCUGGAGUGCUACAUGGACAUGGAAGGAACCUGCCUCUGGGGAGGAGGAUCGGCCCCAAGGCCCUGAAAAGAAGCUGUGCUGGGGGUUCUGUCAUGGAGGUGCUUCUGAGACCAUUAAGACACUACAUCAGCUACGCCAGAAUUAUUACUGGGUCCAGCACUGUCAUGACAAAGGUUUGGGGCCGGGAAAACAAGUAUGUGAUUUGCACAAUGGACCACUUCACUAAGUGACUUCACUUUGCUCUGCCAGACCAGGAGGUAGAGACAAUAGCAGAUGCACUGUUAGGGGGGAUAUUCAGCUGGUUUGGUAUGCCUGACAUCAUCCACCGCGACUAGGGCAGGAAGUUUGAGUUUGAGGCAGGAGUUUUAAUCGCACUAUGGCCUGAGAAGUAAAGACUUUCAUGCUGAAGACUUGGUUUGGGUCUACACACCCAAAAGGAAAAAAGAAGGCUGCCUCAAAUUUGAUAGCCACUGGGGUGGCCCGUGCUGCGUUAGAGCCCUUCAUUUGAACAGUGGGCCUCACAACAAAGCAGCCAAGGGCAUUUAGCUGACCACAGAUACACUCCCUUUUCUACUCCUGUAUCUCCCUCCCAGCCACUUGUCACAUGUGAGGGGGGCAGUGUAAAAGCUCUGUUAUAGCUCUAGUGUUCCUGGUAGCUUGGUUUCAUGUUCCCUGCUGUGUCAGUAGAGGGUGCUGGGGAUGUUCUGGUGCUGUGUCCUGUGGACUGUGACCAGACACUUCUGAUUGGAUUCUUAGCAAAGAGAGGCUCAGUUCUGAGGGUCUGAGAGUUCAGCUUGAGCUGAACAGCUCGUAUUAAAACUAGCAGCUUGCUAAUAAAGCACAUAAAAAAAGAGAUCAAGGCGUCUUGUUCUUACCUGGACUUUGUAACAUUACGAUAUGACUGAAAGUUUUUAUUCUGCACUCUUCACUCUUUUCUUUUAAUGUUAAUUUACACUACCGUUCAAAAGUUUGGGGUCACUUAGAAAUGUCCUUAUUUUUGAAAGAAAAGCACUGUUUUUUUCAAUGAAGAUAACUUUAAACUAAUCAGAAAUACACCCUAUACAUUGCUAAUGUGGUAAAUGAUUAUUCUAGUUGCUAAUGUCUGUUUUUUGAUGCAUUAUCUACAUAGGUGUAUAGAGGCCCAUUUACAGCAACUGUCACUCCAGUGUUUUAAUGGUACAAUGUGUUUGCGCAUUGUGUCAGAAGACUAAAGGAUGAUUAGAAAACUCUUGUUCAAUCAUGUUAGAACAGCUGAAAACAGUUUAGCUGGUUAGAAAAGCUAUAAAACUGACCUUUCUUUGAGCAGGUUGAGUAUCUGGAGCAUCACAUUUGUGGGGUUAAUUAAAUGCUCAAAAUGGCCAGAAAAAGAGAACUUUCAUGUGAAACUCAACACUCUAUUCUUGUUCUUAGAAAUGAAGGCUAUUCCAUGCGAGAAAUUACCAAGAAACUGAAGAUUUCCUACAACAAUGUGUACUACUCCCUUCAGAGAACAGCACAAACAGGCUCUAACCAGAGUAGAAAGAGAAGUGGGAGGCCCGCCGCACAAAUGAGCAAGAAGAUAAGUACAUUAGAUUCUGUAGUUUGAGAAAUAGACGCCUCACAGGUCCUCAACUGGCAGCUUCAUUAAAUAGUACCCACAAAAUUCCAGUGUCAACAUCUACAGUGAAGAGGCGACUCCGGGAUGCUGGUCUUCAGGGUAGAGUGGCAAAGAAAAAGCCAUAUCUGAGACUGGCCAAUAAAAGAAAAAAAUUAUAUGGGGAAAAGAACAGGCAUUGGACAGAGGAAGAUUGGAAAAAAUGUGUUAUGGACAGACGAAUCGAAGUUUGAGGGGUUUGGAUCACACAGAAGAACAUUUGUGAGAUGCAGAACAGAUGCUGGAAGAGUGCCUGACUCCAUCUGUCAAACAUGGUGGGAGUAAAGUGAUGGUCUGGGGUUGCUUUGGUGCUGGUAAGGUGGGAGUUUUGCUUCAGGGUAAAAGGGAUUUUGAAUAAGGAAGGGUAUCACUCCAUUCUGCAACGCCAUGCCAUACCCUGUGGACAGAGCUUGAUUGGAGCUAAUUUCAUCCUACAACAGGACAAUGACCCAAACACACCUCCAAAUUGUGCACGAACUAUUUAGAGAAGAAGCAGGCAGCUGGUGUUCUAUCUGUAGUGGAGUGGCCAGCGCAGUCUCCAGAUCUAAACCCUCAUUGAGCUAUUGUGAGAGUAGCUUGGCCGUACGGUACAAAAGAAGUGUCCAUCCAGCCAAUCCAACUUGUGGGAGGUGCUUCUAGAAACGUGGGGUAAAAUUUCUCCAGAUUAUCUCAACAAAUUAACAGCUAGAAUGCCAAAAGUCUGCUAUGCUGAAAAUGCUGCAAAUGGAGGAUUCUUUGUCAAAAAAAAAAUUAUUUCAAAUACAAAUCAUUAUUUCUAACCUUUUCAAUGUCUUGACUAUAUUUUCUAUUCAUUUUACAUCUCAUGGUGGUAAAUAAAAGUGUGACUUUUCAUGGAAAACACAAAAUUGUCUGGGUGACCCCAAACUUUUGAAUGGUAGUGUAUGAUAAUCAUUUAUGUUUUCAUUUGUUUGUAUUGUGAUCUGAAUGUCUCUUUUUCUGUAAAGCACUUUGAAUGACUUUCUGUAUGAAUUGUGCGAUACAAAUAAACUUGCCUUGCUCCUGUGGCCUCUGCUCCCUUCUCCUGCUGCUGUGGCUUAAUACUCUCCGGGGCAGUAGAGGGCGCUACUGCACUCAUCCCGAUCACGAGAAGCGGCGUCCUUCCUGUGCCGAUGACAUGUGAAUGUGAAACAUGUAAACACAGAACACGUACAAAACACAUGUGGACGGAGGCUCGUAUUUGCUUUAACGUCGUGACCAGUAUCAUGUUUUAGCUGUUUGAACCCCAGAGAUGAAUGCCGAGUACCAGGAGCUCAUUCUGAAGUCUUGUGGAGCCAGGUCUCUGCGUGUGGGGGCAAAGAUCCAGACUUUGUGGAGUGGGUACGGAGAGAUCGUGAGGGUGCACCUGGAGGGCUGUGAGCGCCCCUCGGUGGUGGUCAAACACGUGCAGUUUCCAGCAGAGGCUGACCAGAGCACAGACCUGUCCCACACUCGGAAGGUCCGCUCCUACCAGGUGGAGACGCACUGGUACCAGAACUACUGCACCAGUCCCAGCUGCCGGAUCCCUGCGUGCCUGGCCUCCUGUUCCCGCGGUGAUGAGAUGCUGAUAGUGUUAGAAGAUCUGGAUGUGGCAGGAUAUGACCAGCGGAGGACCAGUGUGGGAGACAAAGAGAUGAGGGCGUGCCUGCGCUGGCUGGCCCACUUCCAUGCUCUCUUUCUGGGCAGGCAGCCGGACGGGCUGUGGCCUGUAGGGACGUAUUGGCACCUGGAGACCAGACCAGAUGAACUGGAGGUUAUGGGCGAUGCUGAACUCAAAGCAGCAGCUGCGCACAUUGACAAAAUCCUCACUAACUGUCACUUCAAAACAAUUGUCCAUGGUGACGCCAAACUGGCCAACUUCUGCUUCUCCAAGAGUGGCACAGAUGUGGCUGCAGUGGACUUCCAGUAUGUGGGAGGGGGCUGUGGCAUGAAGGAUGUCGUGUACUUCAUAGGUAGCUGUCUGGAGGAGAGGGAGUGUGAGAAGAGAGUCCCUGCGCUCUUGGAUCAUUAUUUCUCUGAGCUGGAGGAGACUGUGGAUAAGGAUGUGGACUUUGGAGCUUUGGAGAAAGAGUGGAGGGAGAUGUUUGCAUUUGCUUGGACAGACUUCCAUCGCUUUCUGCUCGGGUGGAUGCCCGGACACUGGAAGAUUAACCGCUACAGCAAGAAGCUCACCAAAGAGGUCCUGCACAAGCUCCAAGGCACGCACUGAAAAGUAGAAGUUAACAAGGAAAAAUGAAAUCUCACAAUGUGGUGGAAUAACCUAACCCUGUAGGUUGUCUUUCAAGAAUGUCACACCUGAAAGUGAAUUUAAGUCAUUUUAAAAUAAAAAAUUAGGAUCAGGAUUUUUAAAAAUGGUAAGAAAAAAGAACAAUAGUGUGUAUUAUUUAUUAGGGACAAAUACAACAAACAUAGAUGAACAUGUAGUAAGAAUGCAAUCUGAUGCAGAUAUCACUGUGUUUAUAGCCAUCACAAUUUCACAACACCAGUCCCAAAAAAGGACAUAAUGUACUGUGUUCAUAGUAGUGGUCCAAUCUAUAGGCUCAAGAUUUAGUCAAACUCUCAUUGUGUGAAUGUACUGGCUAUUUAAAGAAGAUUCUAAAAAGUACAAAGCGUUUAACCUUACAAAGUCUACAGUAUAUAUUCUCAACAUCAUUGAAAAUAUGUGUAAAUUUACCUCUGGUAACUUCAAAAACAAAGGUGCUUUCAGAUAGACAGUGAUAGAUAUUAUCUAGAGGACAAUGCUGUUCUAGGAACUGGGAGUCAACAAACAUGUUUAGUAAAUCAUGAAUGUAACUUUGAUUUGAGGUAUGAUUUCAUUUCUUCUUCUAUUGCUUCAAAAUGUGGGAACAUAAUUUAUUCUAUAUACUUUAUUUUGUGCCUUUGUGAAUUAAUUUUAGGCCUUUUGGUGCAAAAUAGGUAAAACUGGUUCUUCUCUAAACAUUAAAACUAUUGUCACCGUGAUUACUGUUGACAUUUUUGUAUAUAACAGAUUUAAAUGACAAUGCAAUAACAGAGGGCUGUACAAUAUGGCAAUAAAAAUCAAGAUUUAAUCCCUG